ACUUGUGUUUUCUUCAUAGAGACUUUAAAACAAAGUUUUGUCUGUUUUCUUACUAAAAAAAAAGUAUGAAAAAAUGCAUAGAUAUUAGAAAGUCUGUUUUUCCACUCAAAAGCUCAAUCACUUAACAGACUCAUCUCCUUCACUCUGUGCUGUGAAUCUAUCUCUAUCUCUAUCUCUAUCAGUAUCAAUGAUGAUGUUAUGUAGCUCACUCCCAUUGUCACUGCUUCUAUUUUCUACUUGUACAUUCUUAUUUUCCUUUUCACUUGCUCAUUCUCACUUCAACUCUUUCCCUGCUCUACCACCUUCAGUUUUGUUGGAAGCAACAGGCAGUGAAAAUGUAGCGGAGCUGCUGUCAUGGGGGUCGGUAGUGGAGGCACCACUUAGUGAACCCUUUGAGACAUCAACCCUUGUGUUGGCUCCAAGAAGAACAUACAGAAAAGAUCCUUUAGAUGGCUUCAAAAGAUACACUGGAGGUUGGAAUAUCAGUGAUCGCCAUUACUGGGCUUCUGUAGGAUUUACUGCAGUUCCCCUGUUUGCAAUUGCAGCAGCAUGGUUCUUCGGCUUCGGUUUGUGUUUACUGCUCGUGUGUUUCUGUUAUUUCUGCUGUGGAAAGAAGUCUUACGGCUACUCUCCGACAGCAUAUACUCUUUCUCUUAUUUUCCUCAUUAUCUUCAGCAUUGGAGCAAUAAUUGGAUGCGUAGUUCUGUACACGGGUCAGGGGAAAUUUCAUACAAGUACAACAGAAACUCUGGAGUAUGUGGUUAAUCAGGCAGAUAUAACUGUUCAGAAAUUAAGAGAUGUGUCCAACUAUCUUGCUACGGCCAAGCUAAGUGCAGUAGAUAAUGUUACUCUACCUUCUAAUGUCCAAACUGAUAUUGAUCAGAUUGAAAUAAAGUUAAAUUCUUCCGCUAGCCUCCUUGCUGAUCGAACGGUAGAGAAUUCGAAUGACAUACGAGAUCUUUUGGAUUCUGUGAGACUGGCACUUAUUGUUAUUGCUGCUAUCAUGCUUCUCCUUACAUUCCUUGGUUUCUUAUUUUCGGUGUUUGGCAUCCAACUAGUAGUCUACAUCCUGGUCAUAGUUGGAUGGAUACUUGUUGCUGGAACAUUUAUUUUAUGUGGCACAUUCCUUCUCCUCCAUAAUGUGGCUGCAGACACUUGUGUUGCAAUGAAUCACUGGGUGCAAAACCCCACUGCACAUACCGCUUUAGACGAUGUACUGCCUUGCGUGGAUAGUGCAACCGCUCAAGAUACCUUAUCACGUAGCAAGGAAGUCACUCUUGAAUUUGUCGAUUUGAUCAACUCGGUCAUCACCAACGUUUCCAAUAUUAACUUCUCCCCCAACUUUCCUACAAUGUACUUCAAUCAAUCCGGUCCAUUAGUGCCCAUACUAUGCAACCCUUACUUCCAUGACUUGACAGAUCGACCUUGCAGCAUCGGUGAAGUCGACAUGAGCAAUGCAACACAGGUGUGGCAGAACUUUGUAUGUCAGGUUUCACCAACUGGUAUAUGCAUCACAACCGGACGUUUGAAUCCGACCUUAUACGACCAAAUGAUAGCUUCAGUCGAUGUAUGUUCGAGGCUGCAAACUUACGGUCCUUUCUUGGUCGAGCUGGAAGAUUGCACAUUUGUGAGGGAAACAUUCAUUGACAUAUAUAAGAAUGAGUGUCCUAAACUGCAACAACACAGCAGUUUGAUCUACAUUGGACUGGUGAUGGUGUCUACUGCAGUUAUGCUAUCGAUUAUCUUCUGGGUUAUUUACGGGAGAGAAAGACGCCAUCGUGUAUGCGCCAAACAGCUUAAAGCUGAAUCAACUCAGAGUUUCGAAGACGACAAGCGUUCGCAAUCUUAAGAGCAAAACUUCUCAAAUCCUCCCAAGCAUCAGCUAGCUGGGGACUUCAUUUUUUGACAUUGUCUUUGAAUUUGCAGUUUUGUGUAGAUUUGUAGUUUACUUUUGUUCUAUGUAAUAUCACUUGGGGUUGUUUGUUGUUGUAUGUCUAUGUGGCGUGUAACACUGAAUCAAGAUCUAGUUCAUCAGUCAUGACACUAAAAGAAGCAGAAAUUAACAUUGUUAGAUUUGAGUAA